ACUUGUGUUUCGACCACGAUGCCAAAACAUUACUGCGACUACUGUGAUGUCUUCCUGACUCACGAUUCUGCCUCAGUGCGAAAAGCUCACAACAGUGGAAGGAAUCACCUUGCAAAUGUCAGAGACUACUAUGCGUCUCUCGGACACGACAAGGCACAAAAUAUCAUUGAUCAAAUUACUUCUGCUUACGAGUCUGGUGGAGGACCACCCCCAGGUGGUUUCGGUUUCGGUCCUCAGCAUCUCGGUGGUCCUGCGCCAGGUUUUGGUCCUCCUAUGGGAUUCGGUGGACCUCCACCUCCAUUCCCUCGUCCACCCUUUCCUCCGGGCGGUAUGAUGGGUCCUCCUGGUGCCUUACCUCCGUUCCCUCCAAAUGUACCUCCAGGUGCCCCACCAUUUCCGCCUAACGGACCACCAGGAAGUUUCCCGCCAUUCCCUCCUAAUGGUGUACCAGGGAGCGUCAUGCCACCGUUCCCUCCUAACGGCCCGCCUGCUGGAGUACCUCCGUUUCCACCUAAUGAUAGCAACGCAGGUGGUACUUUUACUCAAGCUCCGCCAUCAGGGCCGCCAAGUAAUGGACCAAGCAUUCAUCCCGACCGAUUGAGAAUGAUGGGCGGUGGCGGAAGGUGACGCCGCGCUCCAUAUCCUUUUUCCAUUUAUUUUUUUCCUGUGAAUGCAAGUGGGUUUCUCUGCUCGUUUUUCUCUUGUUUCUCUUCUUGUGCGUACUCCCUGGAAGACUGACUAGCUUUUGCAUUAGUAAGUACGUGACAUAAGAAAUGUUGAAAUGUAGGGCAGGAAAUAUAAAUAUUGGUUGUGCU